AGUCGGCUUGCUGGGGUCCUUUUUCACGGGGCUGAGAAGCUUAGCCGCUAACAUGCCGACCGUUGGUGUUAAAAGGGACCUUCUUUUUCAAGCUUUAGGAAGAAAGUACACUGAUGAGGAGUUUGAUGAACUGUGCUUUGAGUUUGGACUGGAGCUUGAUGAAAUUACAUCAGAGAAGGAGUUAAUCAGCCGCGAACAGGGAGACUCGAAGGCCGCCGAUGCUUCAGACGUCAUCCUGUACAAGAUCGAUGUGCCAGCUAAUCGAUAUGACCUACUGUGUCUGGAAGGAUUGGUUCGUGGGCUGCAAGUUUUCAAGAACGAGAUCGACGCACCACGAUACAAACGAGUUAAACCACUUCAUGGAGAGCGUCAGAAGCUGAUUAUCACUAAGGAGACGGCAGCCGUGAGGCCUCAUGCUGUGGCUGCAGUGUUGAGGAACAUCACCUUCACGCAGGACCGAUAUGACAGUUUCAUCGAGCUGCAAGAGAAGCUUCAUCAGAACAUCUGCAGGAAGCGAAGUCUGGUUGCCAUCGGAACCCAUGACCUAGACACCAUCUCUGGUCCUUUCACGUACACAGCCAAAGCUCCCGGAGACAUCUGCUUCAAACCACUUAACCAGACCAAAGAAUACACCGCCACUCAGCUUAUGAGCCUUUAUAAGACAGACAGCCACCUGAGACAUUACCUUCAUAUAAUUGAAGACAAACCUGUUUACCCCAUCAUCUAUGACAACAACGGUGUGGUCUUGUCUAUGCCUCCAAUCAUCAAUGGUGACCACACAAAAAUUAGUCUGAAGACGAAGAAUGUGUUCAUCGAGUGCACAGCUACAGACCUGACCAAGGCAAAGAUCGUGCUGGACAUGAUGGUGACCAUGUUCAGCGAGUACUGUUCACAGCCUUUCACGGUAGAGGAGGCUGAGGUUGUGUGUCCAAAUGGGGAGAUCUGCAUCUAUCCGGAGCUGCCAUACAGGAAAGAGAAACUGUCUGGCGAAUUUGUCAAUCGCAAAGUUGGCAUCAAUGAGUCGACAGAGAAAAUUGCGCAGCUCUUGACUCGCAUGUGCCUGAACUCCACGGCUGCACCGGUGGGUGAUGAGAUUGAGGUGGAGAUCCCGCCCACUCGCCCAGACGUCAUCCACGCCUGCGACAUCAUGGAGGACGCAGCCAUGGCGUAUGGUUUCAACAACAUAACCCGCACCACGCCGCGGACCUAUACCGUUUCCAACCAGUUCCCACUGAACAAGUUGACAGAGCUGUUGAGACAAGACCUCUCUGCUGCGGGAUUUACAGAAGCACUCACCUUUGCUCUGUGCUCACAAGAAGAUAUUGCGGACAAACUGGGCAAGAAGAUCUCUGAAACUAGAGCAAUUCACAUCUCCAACCCCAAGACUGCAGAAUUCCAGGUGGCGCGCACCACUUUGCUGCCAGGCCUGCUGAAAACCAUUGCAGCCAACAGGAAGAUGCCCCUUCCCCUCAAGCUGUUCGAGAUAUCUGACGUGGUGCUGAAGGAUGAGACUAAAGAUGUCGGCGCGAGAAACAGUCGGCGCUUCUGCGCCGUCUACUACAACAAGAACCCCGGCUUUGAGGUGAUCCACGGCCUGCUGGACCGCACAAUGCAGCUGUUGGAGGUGAAGCCGGGGCGUGGCGAUGGCUACCACAUCCAGGUUGCAGACGACUCCGCCUUCUUUCCGGGCCGCUGUGCUGAGAUUUUCGUCCAGGGGAAGAGCGUCGGCCGUCUGGGAGUCCUCCACCCUGAUGUCAUCAACCGCUUCGAGCUGACCAUGCCCUGCUCUGCCCUGGAGAUCGACAUCGAGCCGUUCCUUGGGCACACAGCAGAAACCCCCCUCACUCAUGACGUCCCCAUGCAGGAAGUCAGCAAGAAGAACUUCCCCACGCAGUCUCCUGCCUCCAGCCCCGUUUCCACUAAUACAGUGUUUGGCGACAUGAGCUCAGCCGCCGGUCUGAAGGCUCUCAACGACUUCCUGGCUGACAAGAGCUACGUCGAAGGGUUUGUGGCCUCUCAGGCGGAUGUGGAGUUGUUGGAAUCCAUCCCCUCCGUUCCUGCAAGCAGCUUCAGCCACCUGCUGCGCUGGUACAGCCACAUCAAGUCUUACCAGAAAGAAAGGGCCAACCUCCCUGCAGCCAAGAAGCAGCUGGUCCUCCCGGCCAUCUCAACCAACGGCAGCGACGACGAAGACGACCUGGACCUGUUCGGCUCGGAUGACGAAGCCCAGUCCGAAGAAGCCGAGAGACUUAAAGAGCAGCGCCUGGCUGACUACGCCGCAAGGAAGUCCAAGAAGCCAGCCAUCAUCGCCAAGUCUUCCAUCCUGCUGGACGUCAAACCCUGGGACGACGAGACAGACAUGGCCAAGAUGGAGGAGUGUGUGCGCAGUGUCAGCAUGGAAGGGCUGCUGUGGGGGCAGUCCAAGCUGGUGCCCGUGGGCUACGGCAUCAAGAAGCUGCAGAUCGGAUGUGUGGUGGAGGAUGACAAAGUAGGAACGGACCAGCUGGAGGAAGCCAUCAUCGCCUUCGAGGAUCACGUGCAGUCAGUCGACGUCGCCGCCUUUAAUAAGAUCUAAAUCAUGUCGCAUUGAUUUACUGAUAUUAGCCAGAGAUGAAUAAAGAUGGAUCAAAAUCAUGUCAACACUCAGGUCACGCAUUUGAAAUCAAUGCGUCGAAUAAAGUGAUUCUCAACUUUGACUGUUUC